GCUCUUCUUGAAAUAGAAACCAAAAGAAUUCAGUGGUCCUUCAAUUUUUGAUGUUUAUGGAAAGCCCAAAUACGAAAUUAAGAUAAAGUCGAAGCCCGCUGGAAAAGGGAAGACACUUCAAAAAUAGAAAAUAGUUUAUCGAAGAUAAUUUAGUUUUAAAAAUGCUUUAUUGUCUUAUUCUCCUCCUAUGUCUCUCUUCUACGUAUCUAAGCCUAUCUCUAAACCAAGAUGCCACCAUUCUCCGGCAAGCCAAACUGGGCUUCUCCGACCCAGCACAGUCCCUAUCUUCAUGGUCCGACAACGAUGACAUCACCCCAUGCAAGUGGAUCGGCGUGAGCUGCGACGACACGUCAACCGUUGUCUCCGUCGAUCUCUCAAGCUUCAUGCUCGUCGGACCUUUCCCCUCCAUCCUCUGCAACCUUCCUUCUCUCCACUUCCUCUCUCUAUAUAACAACUCCAUCAAUGGUUCUCUCUCCGGUGACGACUUCAACACGUGUCGGAAUCUCAUCAGUCUCGAUUUAUCAGAGAAUCUUUUGGUUGGAUCCAUCCCAAAGUCACUUCCUUUCAAUCUUCCGAACCUCAAGUUCCUCAACAUCUCCGGUAACAACUUAUCAGACACGAUUCCGGCGAGCUUCGGAGAGUUCCAAAAGCUAGAAUCUUUAAACCUCGCUGGUAACUUCCUCUCCGGUACAAUUCCCGCCUCUCUCGGUAACGUCACAACUCUUAAAGAACUCAAACUCGCUUACAAUUUGUUUUCACCGAGUCAAAUCCCAAGUCAACUCGGAAAUCUCACGGAGCUCGAAGUUCUCUGGCUCGCCGGCUGCAACCUCGUCGGUCCGGUACCUCCAGCUCUGUCUAGGUUAACUCGUUUGGUUAACUUGGAUUUGACAUUAAACCGACUCACAGGAUCCAUCCCAACUUGGAUCACACAGCUAAAAAACGUCGAGCAAAUCGAACUAUUCAACAACUCGUUCUCAGGCGAGUUACCGGAAGCUAUGGGUAACAUGACGACGCUAAAAGAUUCGACGCGACCAUUACCGGAGAGCAUACUUCUCUCCAAAACCUUGUCAGAACUCAAGCUUUUCAACAACAAACUCACCGGAGUACUACCGAGUCAACUCGGCGCUAACUCACCGUUACAAUACGUGGACCUAUCGUACAACCGAUUUUCCGGCGAAAUACCGACGAACCUCUGCGGUGAAGGGAAACUAGAGUAUCUAAUUCUAAUAGACAAUUCGUUCUCCGGAGAAAUCUCGAAUAAUCUAGGAAAAUGCAAGAGCUUGACUCGGGUCCGAUUGAGUAACAACAAUCUUUCGGGUCAUAUCCCAAACGGAUUCUGGGGAUUGCCUCGCUUGUCACUACUCGAACUCUCUGAAAAUUCAUUCACCGGAAGUAUUUACGAGACGAUCUCCAGUGCGAAGAAUCUAUCGAACCUACGAAUCUCAAAGAAUCAAUUUUCAGGUUCAAUACCCAACGAAAUCGGAUCGCUUAAAGGACUAAUCGAGAUUUCCGGAGCGGAGAAUGAUUUCACUGGUGAGAUUCCUAGUACCUUGGUGAAAUUGAAGCAAUUGAGCAGGCUUGAUCUCAGCAAGAAUCAACUCUCCGGCGAGAUUCCUAAAGGAAUUAAAGCGUCUAAAUGGAGAUCCUUCCACAAGCUUCAUUUCAGUGAGCAUGAGAUAGCUGAUUGUCUUGAUGAACGGAACGUAAUUGGAUUUGGAUCUUCAGGUAAAGUGUAUAAAGCUGAGCUUAGCGGCGGAGAAGUUGUAGCUGUGAAGAAACUCAACAAAACUGUUAAAGGAGGAGAUGAAUACAGUGAUUCCUUGAAUAGAGAUGUUUUUGCUGCGGAGGUUGAAACGUUGGGAACGAUUAGGCAUAAGAGUAUUGUGCGUUUGUGGUGUUGUUGCAGCUCUGGUGAUUGUAAGUUGUUGGUAUACGAGUACAUGCCUAAUGGGAGCUUAGCUGAUGUGUUGCAUGGGGACAGUAAAGGCAGGGUGGUGUUGGGUUGGCCAGAGCGGUUGAGAAUCGCUUUGGACGCUGCUGAAGAUAGUGAUUAUGGGGCCAAAGUUGCUGACUUUGGGAUCGCUAAAUUCGGUCAGAUGAGUGGUUCCAAAACUCCAGAAGCUAUGUCCGGGAUCGCCGGUUCUUGUGGUUACAUUGCACCAGAAUAUGUGUAUACGCUUCGGGUGAAUGAGAAGAGUGAUAUCUACAGCUUCGGUGUAGUGCUUUUGGAGCUGGUUACAGGGAAGCAACCAACGGAUCCAGAACUCGGAGAUAAAGAUAUGGCGAAAUGGGUGUGCACUACACUUGACAAAUGCGGUUUAGAACCCGUGAUCGAUCCCAAACUCGAUCUCAAGUUCAAAGAAGAAAUAAGUAAAGUCAUUCACAUUGGUCUACUCUGUACCAGUCCUCUCCCUCUAAACCGACCUUCCAUGAGAAAAGUUGUGAUCAUGCUUCAAGAAGUCUCUGGUGCUGUUUCUUGUAGCAGUCCAAACAUAUCUAAACGCUCCAAGAGUGGUGGGAAACUCUCGCCUUACUACACGGAAGACUUGAACAGCGUUUGAACAUUCCAGUAUGGGCUGAAAUUGGGUUGGGCUCGGAAUAGCGAUUUGAUGAUAUGAUGCUAGGUGAAUUACUGAAUUGUAAGAAAGGUAUCAGAAACAGAAAAGUGGAGCUUUCUGAUUAGGUGAUUGCUCUUAAUGCUAAUAUAAAGUUAUAGUUUGG